AUGACUCCGCUAGAUAGGCAAGAUCCCCCUGGUGUUGACUCGCCUUUCUCGAUCGGACUGAUUUGGCUGGCUCUUACCAAUCGAGAGCAGGCAACCCCGGUCAACCCAAUGCCUUUGGUGGUAAUGGGAACCACCUACGACACCCCCGCCGCCGCCUCGAACCGAAUUGCCACCUUAGUGCAAUUAACUUAUCGGUAUGGGUUCCAACCAAUACCAAAAGAUCCCACGGGCCCGAGUCCGCUCAAUUUUCUUGGAUCGGCAUUGAUAAAGGGCGUAUUCACAUUACCGGAUUUUGAGCUGUUUACCAGUGAUGUGGGGUGGGGGUGUAUGAUCCGAACGUCACAGACAUUGCUUGCAAACGCGUUACUCCGCAGCGGUCAAACGUUCGAACAGGUUGUGGGGCAGUUUCUUGACACUCCGGAGGCACCGUACUCCUUACACAACUUCGUGAAGGUGGCUGGAGAGCUGCCGCUCCAAGUGAAGCCAGGCCAGUGGUUCGGGCCCAAUGCGGCGUCGCUAUCAAUCCUCAAAUUGUUGAGUGAUGAUUUACAUGUUAUCAUUGGCGAGUCUGGUGACGUUCCUUCUACCAUUCCUGAGUUCCCUACUCUCCUUUUGAUGCCGGUAAGAUUAGGCAUUGAUUCAAUCAACAAGUACUACCAUGAGAGCUUACUUCAUCUUCUUUCAUUGCCUCAGCUGGUCGGCAUUGCUGGAGGGAAGCCAUCGGCCAGCUACUACUUUUUUGGCUACGAAGAUCAAGACCUACUAUACUUUGACCCCCAUUCACCUCAAUCGAUUAUUUCCACAUCUGGACAAGAUGCCUACGCGACGUAUCGGCCAUCUGGAUACCAGCGAAGCCAUCUCUCAACCUUGGACCCGUCUAUGAUGAUUGGUGUGUACUUCGGGUCUCAGGCUGACUUUGAUGACUUCAAAUCGCAAUGUGGAGCGAGCAAAAACCGUAUAGUCCACUUCUCCCUGCAAAAGAGCUCCGCUCAAAACUCAGAGUUCGUUCACGUACGUCGAGAUGUCGACGAGUUCGUUGAUCUUGGGGGCGAACCUGGAGAAGAUGACUUUGUCGACUUAGGAUCUAGCGAGCCGCCCGCUCAUGCGGAUGACGCGGUGCUCGUUGACAAGGAGGAUCCAAGCAAAAGUAUCGAUACGCUGGAGGAGUAUGAACCCAUCAACUUGCUGGACAAGCCGGAGACUCAAUAG